UAUACAUUUAAAAACAUAGCUUAACCGUUGAAUCGUCUACAGAAAUAAUAACAUUAAAACAUUAUCAAAUCUCGAAUAUUAUGUCCGCUAUCGAAGAAGACUGUAUUAUAGCGCCAUGGGUUGGACCCACAUGCUAUAAAAAAAGUUUCACAAUAGUAGUUCUUUCUUCAAACGGUGAUAUUAUUGAAAAUUUAUCGGAAGCAAUUAUUGACGUUCACACUAAAGGUGAUUUUAGAUGGAAAUUGGUGGUGUUACGUUCGUUUAACUUAGAAGAUAUUGUGAGACAGUCGGACUUAACUGGAAAAUUAGCUAUAGAUUUUGUUGUAAUUGCGAUUGAUACGAGUAGAAUAUUUUGUAUAGAAUGGGCCAAAAAGGUUCUUGAACAAGUUCAUCCAGAUCUUAGGAUUCGUCGUAUUGUACUAGUAAAUGCUAGUGGACUUCCAGUUAAUGCAAUGGCCGUUAAUGCAAGUGAAAUAAUCACAUUCUGCACUGAAAACAGACUCGAAAUGUUAAAUGGAAAUGUGUCCAAAUCCGAAGAUGCACAAUUUGUAGCUCGAAGAAUUUUAAAAUAUGUUGAAGUGAGUGUAGGUGUUAAAACUGGUAUUCCGAAUUUGAACAUUUGAUAUAAGCAUGGAAAGGACUUGAAUUAUUUAAUAUAAUAAGGAAAAUAAAUUAUUGUAAUUACACA